GAUCUGUCUUCCUCCCCAAACCACAAACCUUUCCUCCGCACAGAAGAAGAAGAAGAAGAGGUCGGUAUCCUCAAUCUCAGCUUCAAUUCCCUGUUUUUUGCAGACAGCCAUGGUUCCAAAUUUUAUGCAGAAACCAAACCAUCUCCCAAUUCAAUCCAAUCCAAUCCAGCCAGCUCUGUUUUUUGUUUCUCUGGCUUCGCUUUUUCCAGCACACCCACACUCCACCUGUUCUUCCCCCCUAACUACUACGACCCUUUCCCUUUGUUUAAUUGUUUGAUCAUUUCAUUAGUUUCUUCGUCGCUUUAUUGUUAUUGGUUUUCGAAAAUGAAUUCCAGAGCAGGAUGUGAGAUGACAGCUGUUUAAUUCUCUUGUGUCAUGGGCUGCUUAUUUUUAUUAUUUUAUUUUUGUUUGGGGAUCUCGGUUGAGAUCGAGUUGAGAAAGGGUCAGCUGGUAGCUUUGCUUUUAUUGUAAAAAGAAAUGGUAAUAGCUUUGAUUUGUUUUUUAAUAAGCAAUUGGUAGCUUUCAUGUGCCUGCGUGUGUCCUCUGAAACAAUUGGUAGCUUUGCUUCCCUUAUUCAUUUUGAAGGCAACCCAAUUUUUUGGGGCUCUAACUCAUUGUCGUACAUGUUUGAUUCAAGUUGUAACUGUAGUUUCUGCUUGUCCACUUUAAAGAUGAGCAAGGUCGAUGAAGGUGUCUCCUCCGAACUCAAUGAUGAAAACCAACAAAGAAAAGAAAAGGUGUAUUUGAGCAGUCGUUGUGGCGUACAAGAAUUCUCUGGCCUUAUAGAUAGUUUGUCCGACGACAAAAAGCAUGUCAUUGAAGAUAUGGGAUUUGGAGGGCUAUUGCAUUUGAAGAAGCAUAAGUUGAAGUUGAAACUUUGUGAGGAACUUAUGAUGAGGUUUGAUGUGACUACUAGUCAACUAAACGUGCAUGGUAAUCGUUUGACCCUACGUGUUGAUGAUGUUGUCACCAUAUUGGGUUUGCAUGGUGGAGGCAUGAAUGUGGAUACUCAUCUUGGUGAGGGAGAUGAAGUGAGGGUCAGGUUUAAUUUGGGUUAUGGACAAAUUAAAUGUUCAAAUCUAAAAACAGAUAUGAUGAAAGAUCUCACGGUCGGUGAUGAAUUUAGAGGGAAAUUUCUUUUAUAUUCAAUGAGUAGACUUUUGAGACCGUCUACUGCAGUUUAUGUUCCCAAUAAUUAUUUGAGGAUAUUAGGCAAUAUUGAUGACGUGGGAAACUUGAAUUGGGCAAAAUUUGUGUACGAUGGUCUUUUAGAAGGAAUAAAAGACUAUCAAAACAAAUUGGAAGGCACAUCAAGAGAACAAUCUGUGACGGGCUGCAUUUUAUUGCUUGAGAUUUUUUACCUAGAGCACGUAAAUAUGCAUAAUGUGACUCGUCAUUCAAGCUCCUUACCACGCAUACGCCACUGGGAUGACAAGUCAAUUGGGACGAUUGUUAAGAAGGUUUCUAGUUUGGGUGGAGUUGAUAGCAUACAGGUGAAACCUAGGUUUUCUCCUGAUGUUUUAAAUAAUAUAUAUGUAGCGAUUGAAAUAUUUACUGCAAUUUCUUUGUAUGCAGGUGGAAUUUGGAAGGGAUGGUGCUAG